AUGCACAUCCUCGUGGUCAACGACGACGGGCCCCCGUCGCCCACCUCGUCCCCCUAUGUCCACUCCCUCGUCCGCGAGCUCCAGGCCCACGGCCACACCGUCUCCGUCUGCCUGCCACACACCCAGCGCUCCUGGAUCGGCAAGGCACACAUGAUCGGCCAGACCGUCAAGCCGCUCUACUACCGGCCUCCACCCCUUUCCGAGCCCGCCGCCGGCCUCACCCACAGUGACGACGACAACGACGACACCAACACCAACCAAGAUAGUAAUAACAACAACAACACAAAAGCCCCCUCCCUCGAACCCCGCCACGGCACAACCCACCCCCGCCCCAGCACCCACCGCGGCACCGAAGAAUGGAUCCUCGUCGACGGCACGCCCGCCUCCUGCGUGCAAAUCGGCCUGUACCACUUCUUCCGCGACCGGGGCCCCAUCGACCUGGUCGUGAGCGGACCCAACUACGGCCGCAACACCACCGCGGUAUUCGCCCUCAGCAGCGGCACGCUGGGCGGGGCCCUCGAGGCGGCUGUGUGUCGACACCGCGCGAUAGCGCUGAGCUACGCGUUUUUCUCCAGGAAUCAUGACACGGGGAUUAUUGAGAAGGCGACGCGGCAGGGGGUGAGGGUGAUUGAGGCGCUGGUGAGGGAUUGGCCGGCAGAUGGGAGUGUGGAUUUGUAUAGUGUCAAUGUGCCGUUGUUGGAGGGGUUGGAGGAGGGGAAGGUGUUGUUUACGGGGAUGUUGCAGAAUUAUUGGGGGAAGGGGAGUUGUUUUACGGAGGUGGAUGGGAGUGUGGAUGGGGAGGAGGAGGAGGAGGAGAGGAUUAGGGAGGCCGAGGCGGGGGCUGCUGGGGGGAGUGGGAAAGCGGGUGACGAAGAGGGACCGGAGUGUCAUACGCAUAAGCACUUCAGGUGGUCACCGCGGUUUGCGGAUGUGUAUAAGAGCGUGGAUGAUGCGCCGCCGGGGAAUGAUGGGUGGGCGGUUAAGGAGGGGCAUACCAGCAUCACGCCACUGAAGGCCAAUUUCUUCCAGACGGCCACGGAGUUGCACGGCAAGGAGCUGCAGUUGGGAGCUUCCAGGAGCUCAACAUUCGGGGUAGUAUCACAGCCAACUGAAGCUGUUGUCCCGGUCCCCCCAACUCAGGACCUCCCACUCAGGGAAAAAGAACAAGACCAACAAAAAAGCAAGCCCAAAGUCUACGCUCUAAUCAACUACGACGACGACUACGUCCAGCCCCUGAUCCUAGCCGCCCUCCAAUCCCAACUCCCCCCCGACAGCUACACCCUCAUCCACCCCCCAUCCACCUGGAACUCUAAAACCUCCCCCGACAUCAACCUCUCCACCCUCAUCCCCAACCAAGACAAAGACACCAAAAUCCUCCAAAUCACACCCUACGAAAGCAUCGACUUCCACCACGCCUCCACCCACCCGCACUCCACCCUCAUCAACAGCUAUGUCAUCCGCAAGGCCCUCAUCCGCAAACACUUCCUGUCGGCUACGGUAGACAACUGGGUGGCGAAGCACCCGCAGUCAGCCCUGGCUACGCAUGUCAAGCGGAGUGAGGCGUUUGAGGUGGAUUUUGCCGAGUUUCUGGAUGAGGCGUUGGUGGAGGCUUUUGAUUUGAGGGAGAGUUUGGAGAGGAAUGAGGGGGUUGUUGGUGUUGAGGGGGCGGAGCAGGAGCAGGAGUGGUGGAUUCUGAAGCCGAGUAUGAGUGAUCGUGGUCAGGGGAUUAGGCUGUUUAGGACGAUGGAGCAGUUGCAGGGGAUUUUUGAUGAGUGGGAGCCGGAGGAAAGUGAGGAUGAGGAUGAUGAUGAUGAUAACGAUGAUGGGGAAAAUGACGAGACACAGGAGGGCGGAGCGGACAACGAUGACAACAACAACUCCAAGCCAGGCAAAGACAACGAGUCAGACAAAGACAACGACGACAACAACAUCAUGACCUCCCACCUCCGCCACUUCAUCGCCCAGCCCUACAUCCACCCCCCCCUCCUCCUCCCCGGCCUCCACAACCGCAAGUUCCACAUCCGCGUCUACGUCCUCUGCGUCGGCAGCCUCUCGGUAUACGUCUACAACGACAUGCUCGCCCUCUUCGCCGCCAAACCCUACCAGCCCCCUAGCUCAACAACCCUCGAUUUAGAUGCCCACCUAACAAACACCUGCCUCCAAACCUCCUCCGCCCCUCCUGCUUCCCCAGACACUUCAGAGAGUAACCUCGUCUACCCCCUCACAACCCUCCCUCUCACCCCUUCCCAACUACACACCAUCCAAUCCCAAAUCUACACCGUCACCGGGGACCUCUUCGAAGCCGCAGCGCGCGGCAUGCCGAUCCAUUUCCAGCCGUUACCGCAAGCAUUUGAAGUGUAUGGACUGGACUUUUUGGUGGAUGCGGAUUUGACGGCCUGGUUGUUGGAGGUGAAUGCUUUCCCGGAUUUUAAGCAGACGGGGGAGGGCGUGGCGGGGAGGGUUGUGAGGGGGUUUUGGGAGGGGGUGGUGAGAAGGGGGGUUAGGGGGUUUGUUUUGGGGGAUGGGGAUGAUGGGGGGAAGGGGGCUGAGGGGGAUGAUGGGAUGCAGCUGGUGAGGAGGGUGGAUUUGGGGAGGAGGUGGUAG